AAUCUUGUUUGAAACAAACUCUCGCAAUCCCAGCAGGAAAUUCCAGCGCCAGGGCUGGCCUUUCCUCUGUGGGUCUGUGUGUGUGUGUGUAUGCGUGUAUGUGUGUGUGUCGCGGCAGGGAUGGGGGUGGGGAAGCAAUUGGAAGCAAGUCGAAGUAAUAGUGUAUGUACACGUUUCCCCCUUUCUUGCCUUUGUCUGGUUCAUCAUAGAGCGCGGACGGUGUGCGGGCGGUUUUGAGGAAAGAACCGAGAGAUGGAUGCGCUAAGGUCUAAAGAUACCUUUCUCCCUCGACUAAAUUAAGAAUUGCGCGUGCAGUUCCCAAAAGCUGAGUCCCGCUGCAGCUGCCAGGGCGCCACGCUCGCCAAGCGGCGAGGGAGCGCCUUUGCCUACCAGGCCCGAGAACCCUGUUCUUCAGUCGCCUUGGCAGGGGCAGCCCCUCCUUCUGGCAAUGAUGUCAGCUGCAGAGAGGCUUGGCCCGGCCGAUAGGAAGCCGAGCUGCGAGUCCGACCCGCAAGCGCGAGCAGCCCUGCCCCGCGCGCUCCCUGCGCGCAGCCGCCCUCGUGUCCCUUUGGCCCUUCCUGGGUCCCGGCUCGCAGCCCCCCUCUUCCAGUCCCUCGCUCCUCAGAGGCGCGCUAAGACGCCGGAGGCGGGGGUGGCCACUGCUGGCGGCCCGCCGCCGGAUUUAAACCCGAAGUUCAAACCCGGAUUUGGGGUCUUCCCUCCUCCAUUUCCUCCUUUCCUCCGCGCCCCAGCUCUCUCCCUUUUUCAGCUUGCACCUUAACUAUUCACAGUGAAUUUACUUAUUUAGCAACAUUUUAGAGGGUAAGUG